UUCCCCUAGCAAAGGGUCAGUAUAUAUACCGUGGGCACCCCUCGCAGGCAGGAGGGGCGGGCAGCUCAUCUUCACCAGGAGCCUCCUUGGGAAGCAACAGCCAAAGCAGGAUGAAGCUUUUCCUGGGCAUCCUCUUGGGCUCCCUGGUCCUGGGCGUCAGCAGCCAAAGGUGGUUAACCUUCCUCAGGGAAGCUGGUCAAGGGACUAGAGACAUGAUGAGAGCUUACUCUGACAUGAGAGAAGCCAAUUACAAAAAUUCCGACAAAUACUUCCAUGCCCGGGGGAACUAUGACGCUGCACAAAGGGGCCCUGGGGGUGCCUGGGCUGCUAAAGUGAUCAGUGACGCCAGAGAGAAUUCUCAGAGAGUCACAGACCUUUUGAAGUUUGGAGACAGCGGCCACGGAGUGGAGGACUCGAAGGCUGACCAGGCUGCCAAUGAAUGGGGCCGCAGUGGCAAAGACCCCAACCACUUCCGACCCCCUGGCCUGCCUGUCAAGUACUGAGCUUCCCCUUGGCUCUGCCCUUGGGAGAUGGGCUGUCAGACCCCUGAAAGCAGGAACAGUUGCUGAGUUAGUUACUGAAUUCUCUAUCUUUCCUACUCAAUACUUCAUAAAGAGCACAUAAAAAAUGUUUAAUAAAUGCUUAUGAAAUUCAA